GGAUUUUCCCAAAUUCCACCGGAUAACAAAUUUUGUGAGUAAAACAUUCUUGAGUUCUAGUACCUUCGUUCCGCUUCCAAAAACUCUGUCUUAAUCGCCUGACUCAACCAAUAAACUCACUAUAGUCCGUCCAGCCGAUUUCUGCCCAUUCAAUCCGCUCCUCGUAUAUCCACUCUAUGGCCGCCACUGUUAUGAGGACAGCCUCUGCUCUGAAAGCGCCGCCGUCAGCUUCCUUCAGUACCGCCUCUAACCCUUCGGCAUUAUCGCAUAAUUUUUCGCGCGUUGUUUCAUUUACCAGUGGCAGCAGACGGAGACGGACUUCAUCAUGUCUUCCUGCCCGGUUUCGCAUCCACCAUCGGUAUUCUGGACCAGAAGCUGUACUUCCCGUGACUCGCUCUUCAGGAAAAUUCUUGGUUUUUGCUUCAGAUGGUGAGGUAGCGGAUACUGCUCAGACAGAACCCCAAGUGCAGGAGCAAGUUCAUGAGCAUGUGGCAGAGGUUUGUAUAUUACCUUUCCCAACGGGGCGCUACGAAUUUAGGAGUAACUCAAUUUGACUAAUGUCUUUUGUUCUUGUUGAAUUUGUACAAGUACACACUAUUAUCAAUUUAUUGUUUCAGCAUUAUUCUUGAACUGGCGGAGAAAAAACUGUUUUUUAUCAUAUUUGGGGCCACAAAGCUGCUUUCAAAUUUUAAGAGGGAAGUGUGGAUGUCUGGUAUUCAUAGGAUGGUUAUGAAAUGAAGUGUAUGUGUUCUAUUCAUUGUUGAUGCUUUUUUUGGGGAAAGCUUGUACUCCAUUCCUUUUGGAGUUUGGCACGCCAAUAGCACUAUAAUCAUUAAAAUUUUCCUAUGCAGCUAUCUAAUGUGAAAUAUUCUCGUGGAAGAGCAUUAAAAAGUUGGAUAGAGUAGUCUUAUUAUGUAAGCCCUUUUCAAGAAAACAAAACAGGUGCGAUCACUAAUAUGGAGCAACCCUAAAAUAAAAUUGAGACAACUAAAUUGAUUCUUUUGAUACAAAUCUGUUUGAGUUAUUAUUCAUAAAAUAGUGAAUGCCAAUAUGCCCUAAUUUGCAGUUGGCAUGUGUUAGCAACUUAACAUGUAUUUUUUGAUGCAUGUUUUUUCCUUGGUGUUUCUUCUUUUGCAAAUAUCCUUCUUUAGCUUGAUACCCCUGUAUGUUGGUUAUACUGUUAUUGACAACAUAAUGUAUUAGGGCAAUCAAGAUGAUAAUCAUAGUAGUGAUGGUCUUCCAAAUGAUGUUGAGGCUACAGCUUCUGAGGAUAUAUCAUCAACUCUUAUUAUUGCACUGAAGUCAUACAGAGAGGCUUUGGCCAAUAAUGAUGAGUCUAGAAUUGCGGAAUUAGAAGCUUUUUUUAAGUCUAUAGAUGAUGAAAAAGUCCAGCUGGAGAAAAAACUGCUGAUAUUAACUGAAGAGCUCUCAAAUGAGAAGGAUCGAGUUAUUAGAAUUAGCGCUGACUUUGACAAUUUCCGGAAGCGAACUGAUAGGGAACGACUUUCUUUGGUUACCAAUGCACAAGGGGAGGUCGUUGAGAAACUUUUACCUGUAUUGGAUAACUUUGAUAGAGCGAAAACCCAACUCAAGAUUGAAACCGAGGGAGAGGAGAAAAUCAAUAAAAGCUACCAGAGCAUCUCUAAACAGUUUAUGGAAAUAAUGGGAUCUCUUGGUGUUACUCCUGUGGAGACCAUUGGCAAUGCCUUUGAUCCUUUGUUGCAUGAAGCUAUAUUGCGUGAAGAUUCGACGGAAUUCGAUGAAGGCGUCAUCAUAGAAGAAUUUCGCAAGGGUUUCCAACUUAGAGAGAGACUCUUGCGUCCCUCAAUGGUGAAGGUGUCUGCUGGUCCUGGACCUGCAAAAUCAGAGACAUCGAACCCUGGGGAAGAACUAAAGGAAGUUACUGAAGCAGGCGAUGAAAGUGAUAGUCAGCAAGAGGAUACGAAUGAGACUGGUUAGGAGAGCAAGUCUAUGAUGCAAAAUGCCAUAUCUACCAAAACAAAUUCCUUUUGUUUCCAUUGAUGUUUGUAAGUGUUAAACUUAAACCAAAAUGUGCCGUACCUUAAGUUUUGGUCAUGUUUACGGGUAAUCAGGGUGUGCUCUUGAUGAGUUUAUGGAUACAUGUCUCAAAGUCCAAUUGAUUAUUGUUAGUACCAACCAUCGGUACAAACAUUGUUGUUGCACUUGAAUAAUUAUAAGCCUACUCAAAUUGUAUUUUCCAGACCAACUGUGAUGCUAAAC